UCAGUGUCUGAUGACGAAUUUCCCCACGAAUCAUUAUCACUCAAUUCUGAAAGUAGUUCUAAUUUACUAUCGCUGUUCUCUAGCCGGUCUAAAAAACAAAAUGGAUGCUUUUUGAACACCAUGGACGUUUCUCAGUUUCCAGGCAGAAAGAACGGUAAAAAUGCAGGCAGGGCACAGGACAAAGCACUAGGGACAAAAUGUAUGUGAAAUGGUUUGGUACAGUAAUGUUUUACUAUGAGAUUUUAGUGAUUUUAGUGAAUGUCACUUUUUGUCAUUUUCAAAUUUCUCGCCGUUCCGUCCCCGUACGUCCCAACGCUCGCAGGGGAUAGAACCUAGAUUGCAGAUGCGGCAUCAGCCGGAUUUUACAUUGCCGGGGACACUGCAGGAGGGACA